ACAGAUGUUAGUGCAAUCGCGUCGUCCGCGCGUGAAGAAGCAACAAGCGAGGUGCAAAUCCAAUACACAUAGACAGAGAGAGGCACGUGUCGGUUUCAACACAAAAAUUCGCAAGCAUUUCUUUUGCUAAAUUACACAAAAACACACACACGCACUCAAACAUACACACAGCCAAUCAAAUAGCACAACUUGUGAAUAAUAGCAAUAGUAAUAACACGCACAAAACAAAAAUGUUCUAUCUGAUUGGACUGGGUCUGGGCGAUAUCAAGGAUAUUACAGUGAAAGGCCUUGAAAUUGUGAAGCAAUGUAGUCGUGUGUACCUGGAAAUGUAUACCUCAAUUCUGGGCUGUAGCCUUGAGGAUAUGCAAGAAUUCUAUGGACGUCCUGUACUGCUCGCUGACCGUGAUUUGGUCGAACAGGGCGCUGAUGAAAUACUCGCUGGCGCCGCCGAAGCCGAUGUAGCUCUGCUUGUGGUUGGCGAUCCAUUUGGCGCAACAACACACACAGAUUUCAUAUUGCGCGCCAAGGAGAAGAACAUUCCUUACAAGGUCAUUCACAAUGCGUCCAUCAUGAAUGCCAUCGGCUGUUGUGGCCUGCAGCUGUAUAAAUUCGGUGAAACUGUCUCGAUACCGUAUUGGGAUGAAACCUGGAAACCGGAUAGUUUCUAUGACAAAAUCAAAUUGAAUCGCCUGCACAACAUGCACACGCUAUGUCUGCUCGACAUCAAGGUUAAGGAGCCCACCCCCGAGUCGUUGAUGCGCAAACGCAAGGAAUACAUGCCGCCACGUUUUAUGAGCGUCGCUGAGGCGGCCCAGCAACUACUCGCGAUUGUCGAGAAGAAGGAUGCCCUAGAGCGGAAUACAGUCUUGAAUGAGCAAUCCUUGUGCGUGGGUUUGGCCCGAGUGGGGCAGGAUACGCAACAGAUUGUUGUGAGCACUUUGCAUGGCAUGCGUGCCACCGAUUUGGGUGGCCCAUUGCAUUCGCUGAUCAUACCCGCCAAGGAGAUGCAUCCCCUGGAGGUGGAAUUCAUGCAACAAUAUUCGGCCAACAUAAAGCUGGACGAUUAUAAUCAUUAGAAAAGAGCAGGCAGUUUAUUGGCCGCCCCACCGCAUUAAUUGAAACGUAUUUAAUUGAAUUGAAUUUAAGGUAGCUCGUGGAGCUGGAUGUGGAGCAGGAAAAGCUCACCGAAGUGAAAAUCCCCUGCUUAAAAAUUCCAACUGUGUAGUUUGCAAACAAACAAUAAUAAAAAAAUGCAUUGAAAUUGUCGA